AUGAUUUCUGGUGAAACCGGGCUUAAAGUGAAAAGCAAAGGAUGGGGACGUGCACUACGUGCUACUGUUUGCCGCUGGUACUUCAGUCAAAGCCCCGAGCGGCUGGUAAUGCAGGUCACCAAAUACCGCAAUCGUGAGGGGUACUCGCACCGCGACAUCUUUCGGUUGAGCCACAUACACGCAUCUACAGCGCUGCCGCCUGACCACAAGUACUGGCAAUAUCACACCGAAUACGACGCUAUUUUUGAUUUUAUAAUGCAAGAAGACGCAGCGACUCGAAAGCGAAAACAGUUGUUUUCUGAAAAAAGUGCUAAGAAGCUAAAGAUGGAAAAAAAUGGGUCACACAUCCAUGAACAAGCAAAGGAUGUGGCGGAAAAUUUGGCGAAGCUGAAGAUGAAAGAAGACCAGAAAGUACUUGUUGAGUCGAUGAAAAAUAAAAAUGCUCCAACCGCCGAGACAUCGAAAGUUCUCAAAUUUCUCGGAACUUAUGAAAAAUUGAAGAAAUUGGGAAAAACUGACGUUCCAAAAGCUGUUGAUUUUAUCAUCCAGCACGGUGAGCUUUUCCCUGCCUGUUGUUUCUCCUCAGGCCUAGCUGUGCAAUUUUUGCAUCUUGUUGACAUCGAGAUCCCAUACCGAUUAUUAUAG